AUGUCUAAUUCUUCAGACUCGGAACAAGGAACUCAAGAACGCAAAAAGCCCAACAUUCUCAUAACUGGUACUCCAGGAACCGGUAAGACAACUUUAAGCCAACUAGCAUCGGAAUCGACGGAUUUAUUUCAUAUAAAUGUAGGGGAGUUAGUUAAAGAAAAAUCAUUGCAUCAAGGUUUUGAUCAUGAAUUUCAAAGCUGGAUUUUAGAUGACGAUAAGCUUGUUGAUGAAUUAGAAGAAACAUUAUCGAAUGGUGGAAAUAUAGUGGAUUUUCAUUCUUGCGAAGUAUUUCCCGAACGUUGGUUUGAUUUGGUUCUGGUAUUAAGAACCGAUAACACGAUAUUGUUCGAUCGAUUAAAAGACCGAGGUUAUUCACAAAAAAAAAUCACGGAAAAUAUUGAUAGUGAAAUAUUUCAAGUUAUAUUAGAAGAAGCAAGGGAGUCAUAUCCAGCAGAAAUCGUGGUUGAACUACGAAGUAAUACCAUAGAGGACAUGCAAAGUAAUGUUACAAGAAUUGAAGAGUGGGUAGAAGCUUGGAAUUAA